ACCGAUUGCACUGAUCCCCCAGUCAGUGUCUCGACCCGCGUGCAACUGGUGUGCGAGCCAGCCGCCCGGACCACCCGUUUUACUUAACUCAUUUUAAAUCGUUCCAUUAUGAAAUACCCCGAAUCCAAGAAACCAGUGUUCAAUUAAUAUGAGAACGUGCUAUUUAAAUUAAAUGUGAAACCGUAUUUUAGUGUUGUGGUUAGACUCUAAACGUGAAAUUGUAAGUUUUGAGAAACCGGAGGUGGCGCUAGAAAAAUAACUGUUAGGUUUAAAACAGCUAAUCCAAGAUGGCGGUGUUGGGUAUGGUGUCCGCGGUGGCGGGCUUCGUCAAAGUCCGCUACCUGAUCGACAAGGCCGUGAUCGACAACAUGGUGUUCAGGAUGCACUAUCGCAUCACAUCCGCCAUGCUGUUCCUGUUUUGUAUACUCGUUACGGCGAAUAAUUUAAUUGGCGACCCAAUAUCCUGUAUCACCGAAGGCUCGAUACCACAGCACGUGUUAAACAACUUCUGCUGGAUCACAUACACGUUCACGCUGCCGUACAGUCCGGCGGUCCAGCACGCGCACCCCGGCGUCAAUAAUCUUGGCAACGAAAACAAUCACGGAGCGGAUGACAAACGCAUACAUGCCUACUAUCAAUGGGUGCCGUUUAUGCUUUUCUUCCAGGGUCUCCUGUUCUACAUCCCCCACUGGAUCUGGAAAAACUGGGAGGAGGGCAAAGUGCGUAUGAUCUCUGAUGGCAUCCGUGGCACGGUGGCUAACAUCUCCGAUGACAGGAACAAACGACAGAAUCGACUCGUCGAAUACCUUAUAGACACGUUGAACAUGCACAACACCUAUUCCUUUGGGUAUUUCUUCUGUGAAGCCUUGAACUUUAUCAAUGUUGUUGGUAACAUCUUCUUCCUAGAUAAAUUCCUCAACGGCGCCUUCUUGACAUACGGUACUGAUGUAGUGAGGUUUUCGAACAUGAACCAAGAGCAGAGGACAGAUCCUAUGAUCGAAGUCUUCCCCAGACUGACGAAAUGUACAUUCCACAAAUAUGGUGCGUCUGGUUCAAUUCAGAAACACGACUCGCUAUGCGUCCUCGCCUUGAACAUUCUGAACGAGAAGAUAUUUAUCUUCCUCUGGUUUUGGUUCAUCAUCCUGUCGAUAGUGUCGGGGCUGGCGCUCGUGUACUCUGCGGCUGUGAUUCUCCUGCCCAGCACCCGUGAACAAAUCCUGAAGCGUCGCUUCCGCUUUGGAACGCCGAAGGGAGUCGAGGCUCUUGUCAGAAAGACGCAGGUUGGUGACUUCCUGCUUCUGCACUUGCUCGGGCAAAACAUGUCGAUGCGGGUGUUCGGCGAGGUCCUAGACGAGCUGUCUCGGCGGCUCCACCUCGGGUCCAACCCGCCCUCCGCGCCCUCCACCAUCGAAAUGGCUCCCAUAUACCCCAAUAUAGACAAGUUCUCCAAGGAAACAGAGACGUAAGCGACGGUAUGUUUAAAGUAGUACACAAUUUUGUCCAGUAGUCAUUUGAUAUUCGGCAUAGUGCCUCUAUUAGGGCUGAUUUAGACGGCGCGCGAACUCGCAUGCGAUUUUAGUUACAUUGCGGACUGGUGGUUACGUCCAAUUCAACCGACCGAUCGAAACCCGCAAUGUAAUGAAACUCGCAUGCGAGUUCUCGCAUCGUCUAAAUGAGCCCUUAGACUAUCAAAUUAUGGGCAGGGAAAGAUAUUUAUUAUCUUAAUUCUUGGUAAAGAGGCAUUCGAAGGAAAUGUGUAUUACUUUAUAUUGUAACUGGGUUUAUUGAUUUAAAUCCUUAGAUAUUCCAGGUAAAGAAAAUAGACGGUUCAUGACAUUCCUUUUUAUUAGAGUAGAGAAGAAGACGAAAACGUUGACGCGCACGGUAAGAACUAAGCCUCGGUUUGCCUUUUUUCUAAGCUUAAGCUUUAACUUUGGGUCUCAAUCAAAUAAAUUAGUGUAAAAUAUUUUUUCAAAAUUGUACGUUGAUAUUUUUGUGAAUAAAAUAGUUAAUAAAUUGAAUUUUAUAGUGUGAACGGAUAGAUGUAAGGAGUGAUCUAAUUGUUACGAUAUUUUAAUUUGUGUGAGACUGUCGCGUAAAAGUCGAUGAUGUGAACUAACACAGUGAAAUUAUCGAAUUUUAGUAGUUAGAAAUUCAAUUGUCGUUACAUAACAAAGCUGUUUGUUAACUUUGUGUCUAAGAAAAAAUUCAAUAGAGAUGACUUUUAUAACAUAAACGGAAACUCGCAGGGAUGACCCCUUACGGGGUGGCUUAGACGGAACAUGUGAGAGAUAUUAUUCUAGUUCAAAUAUAAUAACUCCUUUUUAGUUUUAAAUAAGCAUAUGAAGACUUGUUCUAAGAUGCAAUUAGUGGUUUAACUAAAUAAAUGCUUUUAUCUCAAUACUUUUACACUUUAAGCUAACGAAUAAUUCCAUAUUUUAACUUUUUACACCUAAUAUUUGACGAUAAAUGUGUUUUCGGUCGGCAGAACGUCCCACUUUGACGCUUGCCAUAAGGACGCCUUGACAGUGUAAUCUUAUAGAGAUGCAAACUAAAUCUCGUCCUUAUGGUAAGCGAUAAAUUGAGGCCUUUGACUGGACUUCGACACAAAAUAAUAUUAUAGACUUAAAUUUACACAAAAAGACGAAUACACAUAUCACCAGCAUUGAAAUGAUAGAAUUUUACUUUUUACUAGUAAUAGGUACAAAUUAAUUACUUAAGUGGUAGGAUUUCGGUGCAAAUAAUAAGGUACUAAAUGCGUAGAGAAUAUUUUUGUACUCAAGUAAGUUACUCGAAAUAUUGUGCCAUUGUAACAAACCCUUGUUAUGCUUUUCGGAUGAAAUUGGACACCAGAUUUGCAUUUCCUGACUUCCUACGAUACUUUGUACAAUGUUUUAAAAUGUCUCGAAUGUUUUAUGCAAAUGAUAUACUUAGUUGUAGUUUAUAUUAUUUUCAGUCAUUUUAGCCAUAUUCUUAAGAGUAAGUUAUCAAUCAUUAUGAUAGAAACUUCCUACAUCUCCCUGUAUAAUAAAUAAGUAGUAAGACGUUACUAUUUCAGUUUUAGCAGUAUGCCUGUGACAUUAACUAUAUUAUAUUACUUUACUACAUAAACAAGAUUUUGUUUUUAUCCUUUUAUGGUAAAUACCUGUAGCCGAUCAUUGCGUACAAUUAUGUAAGAUAGACUGCUACUGUGAAACUGUGUACCUACACAUUUUCACGUAGUUUCUAUGUAAUUUGGUUAUAUUUUCUUUCAAAUAAACGAAUUAAAAGUU